AUCCCUCACAUCCACCAACCUCGUCCUCCUCCUAUCCAACGAUAAACAUGGCCUCACCCGUCGGCGAUAUCGGUCUCAUCGGCCUGGCCGUUAUGGGUCAAAAUUUGAUCCUCAACAUGAACGACAAGGGCUUCACUGUCGUCUGCUACAACAGGACAGUCGCCAAGGUGGACAACUUCCUCGCCAACGAGGCCAAGGGAACCAAGAUCCAGGGUGCCCACUCUAUUGAGGAACUCGUCUCAAAGCUCAAGCGCCCGCGCAAGAUCAUCCUCCUCGUCCAGGCUGGACCCGCUGUUGACAGCUUCAUCAGCCAACUCGAGCCCCACCUCGAGAAGGGCGACAUCAUCAUCGACGGUGGUAACUCCCACUACCCCGAUUCGAUCCGCCGCACCAAGGAGCUCGAGUCGAAGGGCCUCCUCUUCGUUGGCUCCGGUGUCUCUGGUGGUGAGGAGGGUGCCCGUCAUGGUCCCUCGCUCAUGCCCGGCGGUUCGCCCGCCGCCUGGCCCGCAAUCAAGGAGAUCUUCCAGGCUACCGCAGCCCAGGUCAACGGCGAGCCCUGCUGUGACUGGGUCGGCGAGACCGGUGCCGGUCACUACGUGAAGAUGGUUCACAACGGUAUUGAGUACGGUGACAUGCAGCUCAUUGCUGAGGCGUAUGACAUCCUCAAGCGCGGUCUCGGCCUCCACGAGGAUGAGAUUGCUACCAUCUUCGAGCGCUGGAACAAGGGUGUCCUUGACUCCUUCCUCAUCGAGCUCACCGCCAACGUCCUCAAGUUCAAGGACGACGAUGGCGAGCCCCUCGUCACCAAGAUCCUUGACCAGGCCGGUCAGAAGGGUACCGGAAAGUGGACCGCCAUCAAUGCCCUCGACGCUGGCAUGCCCGUGACCCUCAUCGGCGAGGCCGUCUUCGCCCGCUGCUUGUCCGCGCUCAAGGAGGAGCGUAUUCGUGCGAGCAAGGUCAUCGCCGGCCCGCAGAAGGAGGCGUUCCGCGGCGACAAGAAGCAGUUCAUCGAUGACCUCGAGCAGGCUCUCUACGCCUCGAAGAUCAUUUCGUACACGCAGGGCUUCAUGCUCAUGCGUCAAACUGCGAAGGACCUCGGCUGGAACCUGAACUAUGCCGGCAUCGCCCGCAUGUGGCGAGGCGGCUGCAUCAUCAAAUCGGUCUUCCUCGGCGACAUCACCGCCGCGUACACUAAAACACCUGCCCUGGAGUCGCUCCUCUUCGACGACUUCUUCAACAAGGCCGUGCACAAGGCGCAGCCCGGCUGGCGGCGCAUCAUCGCCCAGGCCGUGCUGUGGGGCAUCCCCACCCCGGCGUUCAGCACCGCGCUCGCCUUCUUCGACGGCUACCGCGCCGAGGUUGUCCCCGCCAACCUCCUCCAGGCGCAGCGCGACUACUUCGGCGCGCACACCUUCCGCGUCAUGCCCGGUAAGGAGAACGAGCGCCUCGUGGCCGGCAAGGACAUCCACAUCAACUGGACCGGCCGUGGCGGCAACGUCUCCGCGUCCACGUACGUGGCAUAA